UCCUUGUCUGAUGAAUGCCACACCACUCUCCCUGAACUUCCUCUGUCACUGAGAUCUUCAUCAGGUGACAGUUCAUCCAACAGGCCAGAUACGUUACUGGAAAGCCGCCAUGCCUGAAGGUCCUAGCCAGUGGUGAUGGUGGUGAACUUUGGACGAUGGACUGGCAGAGGAGGAGCUUAAUGGUGAAUACUGAGCGACACCAGAGGAAGUGUGCACUGUAAACAAAAGAGAGAGAGAGAGAGAGAAAGACAAGAAACGAGCAUCGCAGCACGCGUAAAGCGGCAAGACAGGAAAUAACCUCAAUGUUGGAAAGUUCUGCUCAAAGCGAUGAGGAGGAUGAAGACGAUGGCCUCGCUGCUGAGCGUCUGUGUGUUUCUGCUCUGCUGCUCCGCCGCCGCCGUCGCCUCCCCAGGUUGUGACCAGUUUGCUGCAGUGGGUGGAAACUUCAAUGUUUCUCUGGGAUACAAACUGGGAUCUACUGAGAAUCUGAGGUGGAAGUUUAAUGGCAACAUAAUAUUUUAUAAAAGACCAGGAAGAUUAAUUAAAGGUAAAAAUGAAGAUAUUAAUGAUGAUGGAUCCCUCAAACUGACAAAUCUGAAGAAGCACCAAGCAGGACUUUACACCAGUGAGGUUUUUGAUGUCAAUGGAAAAGGACUGGCCUCAAAGAGCACAAAUUUAUGUGUACUGGACCCCGUGAAGAAGCCCACAUUAAAUGUAGCCUGUCUGGCCUCAGAGGUCGUCUUUACCUGCAGUCAUAAUCCGCAACCUGAUGGUACAAAACAAUAUGAUGCCAUACAUUACAAAUGGCUCCAGGAUGGCAAUAUGAUCAGCAGUGCGACAGAAAUCUCUAUGACAAGAAAAGUUGCAGAAACUAAAAACCUGCUCAUUUCCUGUGAAGUUGGCAACAAAGUCAGUUCUGCAACAAGUGACUCUUUGACUCACACCUGCAUUGAACCUGUGAAAAAGCCUGAAAUAAAUGCAUCAUGUAAGGAUUCAGAGGUCAUCUUUACCUGCCUUGCAGCUCAGCAGCCCGACGACGCGCAGUACAAGUGGCUCCAGGACGGCGACGUCGUCGUCAACGAAACAAAAAUGUCUCUGACCAUAAACUCUGCGGAAAGCAAAAACAUGAAUUUCUCCUGCCAAGUUUACAACCAGGCCAGUUCUGAAAAAAGUGUCUCUUUCAGUCAUCGCUGUGUUGUCUCUACUUUCCUGGGCCUCCCAGAGGAGAUCUUUGGAGUUAACAUCUGGAUUGUUAUUGCUGGUGGAGCAGGUCUUUUAAUUCUGAUCAUCAUCAUCAUCAUUUUGUGUUGUGUUCAGUGUAAGAAGAAAAGAGGGAAGAACGAUGAGGCGGAGCUUGAGUACCGAGCAGGACGGUCUUCAUCGCCAGCCUAUUGCACUCAUUGAUCACCCUCCUCUUCAUCACCAUCAUCACCUGCAGCAGCUGGGCGGAGCCUCUGCUGAAGCUGCAGCUCUUUGCAAACAUUUCCCUAAUAUUUUAUGGAGUUACUUUUUAAUUUGUAUGACUUGAGUCGAACACUUCCUGUAGUUUGCUGAACGUUUGACCCGUUCCUCCUGACAGAGCUGGUGAAACACUCACUAAUUCAAAGAUAACUUUUCUGGCAUUUAGCGAAGUGGAAUUUUUUUUUUUUUACGACAUAUAUGUAAAUAUCUGGGUUCAAACUAUGCAUAUGUUUAUAUAUAUAUAUAUUCUGUGAGGACCCCAGCUUCUUUAGCUGUGUAAUGUGUAGCUUGUUCUGCUAAUGAACAGAGUCCUAACAUUUUUGUAUUAUGAAUAUUUUUAAUUCAUUGAAGGCAGUGUUAUAAGAUUCUGUGGAUUUUCUUUUACCAUUUUUAGCUGCAAGCUUUGAUCAUCAAACUUAAUGUGAAUAAUCACUUUGUGUGUAUAUGCCUCCAUGCAAAAUACUCAGUUUUUAUUCUUAAUUAUUCAAACUAGUUUCACAACGAUGACGAAUUGAGGUCUCUGUGUUGUUGCCUUGUGUCGCAAUAAAUAAAACCAAAAGUAAACUUGCAAUUCCUUUAAAUGCUGUCGAAAAUCCUCCAACUGAUUGCAUUUAAUAAACACAUGACAGUGCUGCCAUUUUGAUAGGAGCAGCUAGAGAGCAGCAAUGUCUCCCUCACUUAAGAAAAUGUUUUGAAAGUUCAGAAAUAUUGAGAAACAGAGAGCCAGUGCUGACCAGGAGGUUUAGGUUCUGGAUAAAUAACAUGAUUUUCCAUGAAAAGCAGAAGCAGAACUCUGGAGGGUUGCUACUGAAAUGGAGAAAAAAAAUGUUUGCAGUGUUUUUUCUGACCAAUCUGAUAUUUUACAAACCAGGAUUAUCAGAGAUCCUUCCUCCCUGCAGCUGACGAUACUGUAACCAUCAUCUCUUCUGUAAAACUCUUGAGGAAGAUGGCAUCGGACUCUGUGCUGUGUGUGUUUCUGCUCUGCUGCUCCGCCGUCGCCUCCCAAGAUUGUGACCAGUUUGCUGCAGUGGGUGGAAACUUCAAUGUUCCUCUAGCUAGGAUACCAAUUAAAACCUACUGAGACUCUGAGGUGGAAGCUAAAUGGCAGCAUAAUAUUUUAUAAAAGAACAGUAAGACUAGUUGCUGGGAAGAAUGCUGAUAUUAAUGGUGAUGGAUCCCUCAAACUGACAAAUCUGAAGCUGGAGCAAGCAGGACUUUACACCUUUGAGGUUUUUGAUCAAAAUGGAAGGCCGCAGACCACGAGGAACACAAAUUUAUGUGUGCUGGAGCCUGUGAAGAAACCUGAAGUCAAAGCAACAUGUCAGGAUGAAAAUGUGAUCUUUCAUUGUGUUUCCGGGGCGCAGCCUGCUGAUGCCGAGCUCGACUGGCUUCAGGACGGUGAGGAGGCGAAGGGAAACAGACGGUCGUUUGAAACGAAAGCAGAGGAAACCAAAGGAGCCCAAUUUGUUUGCAGAGUGUCCAACAAAGUCAGUUCUGAAAGCAGUCAGCCUGUCGUUCAUAUCUGUGCAAAGACGGGUAGGUAUGUCGUCUUCACUGUGGCUAAUAGCUGCUGUUUGACAAUGUGUAGCUAAUAAUACCUAAAAUAAGAUGGAAUAAGCAUAAGUUCCCCUCAAAUUGUGUGGCUCGAGGUAAAAAUUGAAAAUUUUUCACAUGUAUUGUUUUUAAAGGAUAUCCAGAUGAACUGGUUGGAAUAAAUAUCUGGAUUUUAACUGGUGCCAGAGUGGGUAUGUUUGUAGAUUUCUAUUAAGCUUUAGUCUAUUCUGAAACAUAUCAGAAUAAACUAUACUUUAUAUAUAUACAUACGUCAUAUAUAUUUUUGAUAGUACAAUCUCUAGUGGUUUUUUCCCCGUCAUUUUUCCAGGUUUCAUUGUUGUGCUGACCGUCCUUGUCUCCGUUUGUUUUGUCCGAGUUGAAAAGAAGAUGACGAUGGGACUGAAGGCUGAUGAGGAGGAGCUUCCUUUGCAGCGGACCGAUACAGAGCAACACAGUCAUGAUCCUCAUUUUUCUCCUCUUCAACCUCAUCACCUCCAGUCAUGAGCCAAUUUUUUUAUUUUUUUUACAUACAUUAUUUUUUCCUGUCUUUGAUUUGACGAAUAAAAUUUCUGCAAAAAUCAAAACAGACUUUGUGUCGCCAGCCAUCUUAAGUUUUAGCAACUACAAUUCUGAAACAUUAAAACUCAUUGACGUUUGUGAUCUUGACUGAUUUAAAAACCUUUUCUAGAGUUUUAACCAGUCAUUUUUGUCACUUUGGAUGUAGAAAAAUAAAAUAUGCUUCUUUGAAUUGUGUAUUCUUUAGUGAAGAUGCUAUGUGGAUGCUUUGAGAGUAAAUGUAACAAUAAAGUAAUAUUUCAAUUGA